UUUUCUACCUUGGAGGUCAAAAUGGCGUAUCGGCCGAAACACUGACCACAACUCACUAUGAUCUACUCGCGCAAGGAACUGGAAGGUACCAGUUUGAUCCUUCGUGUUUAUUUUCUUUAAUUUUUCUGCUCUCCAGCAUGGAGGUGGCCUCAGCAGCGAUGAUCUAUAGUUAUAAGUAUGUAUUUAGUGGAUUCUCAGCCAGACUUACGAAAGAACAAGCUGACGAGUUAUCCAGUACGUGCUGGAAACUUGAGUCUAAUCUAAACAGUUUUUCUCCUGAUCUGUAGGAAUGCCGGAAGUUCUCAGUGUUCAUCACACUCGUGGGAUUUCUUGGGCCUUCCGAUCGACGCAGAGUCAAAAGCAGCAACGCGAGCACAAAAUUCUGGGUGAGGACUCCAGUGACGUAACUAUUGGACUCCUUGACUCAGGUAUAUGGCCUGAAUCCGAAAGCUUCCGUGAUGAUGGAAUGAGUCCAGUUCCUGCGACAUGGAAGGGCUCUUGCGUCAAUGAUCCAAAGACAAACGCUUCCGUUGUAGUUCACUGCAACAGAGCUGGCCUGUCUCCAAACGCUUCGGUGGCAUACAGUAAUCCUAGAGACUUCGGUGGCCAUGGAACGGCCACAGGUUCUAUUGCCGCUGGUAUGGCAGUGGGCAACGCGAGUAUGGGGGGACUGGCUUCAUGAAUUGCAAGAGGUGGUUUUCGCAGUGCCAGGAUUUCUGCGUAGAAAGUGUGUUGGAUGUUCCAGUGCUACGACAUCAACAUUGUAACGGCUUUAGACGACACAAUUCACGACGGUGUGUACGUGAUCUCGCUCUCACUUGGAGACGUGACUCUGCUGUAUAACAUCGACAUUAUCGCGAUUGGUGCCUUCCAUGCACUGGAGAAAGACAUUAUAGUCUCGAGUGCUUCUGGAAACUCUGGGCCGCUCAACGGAACAGUGACGAAUGUAGCUCCUUGGAUACUUACUGUUGGUGCUAGCUCAAUCGAUCGAAACAUCACACCGAACUCAACUGUGUUUCCUAUAAAGCCCGCACCAGUUGCUGCAGGUCCCUCUUCAAGAGGACCCAGCUUUAUCAGUCCCGACAUUAUAAAGCCGGACGUGAGUGUUCCAGGGGCGAGCAUUUUGGCGGCAUGGAGCGGUGCACGUCCAGCAAUGGAUCCAAGUGGGAAGUUUGUGCGCGUGAACUAUGCUAUUGCAUCUGGAACGUCCUUCGCCUGUCCUCACGCAACCGGUACUGCUACUUUCAUCAAGUCGGUUCAUCCAAGCUGGAGUCCGGCAGCAAUCAAGUCUGCGAUCAUGACAACAGGCAGGAGAUCAUUGUUACGAUGAGCAAAAGCGGGGACUGAUACUAUCUCUCGAAACUUUUCAGCGAGAUUUUCUCGACAACACCGAGAGCGAUGGAAUGCCAGCAAGCUUCUUCAGCAUUGACGCCGGAGUGAUCCAGCCGAUGAAAGCCAUCGAUCCGGGACUGGUCUAGGAGACCGCUACCUCGGACUACAUCCUCUACCUGUGCAGCACGGGCCACUCCUCCAAGCAAUCACAGGGGACAGCGCUACCGCUUGUCCCGACGGCAAGAGCACUCCCGCCAGUCUCAACUAUCCCUCCAUCGGAUUCUACAUCAGCGUCGUCAAGAGCGCCACGAUCCAGCGAACAUUGACAAACGUCGGCGACGCGAGCUCGAUCUACAGAUCCCGAGUGGAGGCUCCUAGCGAUUCGCGGCUCGCCAUCCCCGUCUCUCCCCAGGAGCUACACUCCUCGAACAAAGGGGAGAAGCUCUCCUUCAACGUGACGAUCGCCGUGAGUUCUUUGCAAGCGCCCAUUUCUUUUCCAUGGGCGUUCGUCGCUCACUUGGGACGUCGGAGUCCCAUAGCUGUGGCCAUAAGUUAGUUUGCCGUGUCAGCCGCCACGUCCCAUGUAGGGCACGCGAGUUCCACGUGGCGGUACAUUCGAGAUUUUAGGGCUUUUGACAAUGAAUCGAGAGAGAGCGAUCGAUCAUGAGCGCUGUC